AAGGACUGCCAUUCCCAGCAAGCCCCGCGCCUUGGGGCUAUGACGGACGGAGCGGCAACAUGGCGGCGCCGGGAGCCGGAGAUUCUCUCGAUGCUAAGGAUGGAAAGGCCCCUGUGGCUCAGCGCAUCGACCCGACUCGGGAGAAGCUGACUCCCGCGCAGCUGCAGUUCAUGCGGCAGGUGCAGCUCGCCCAGUGGCAGAAGACUCUACCACAGCGGCGGACCCGGAACAUCGUGACCGGCCUGGGCAUCGGGGCCCUGGUGUUAGCUAUUUGUAUCCGUUCGGACUGUAGUACGCUCAGGAGACGGCAUAUGGGGGCAGGGGAAGAGGAACGGCAGCGAGUAGUAGGAGCGUUUCCUAGAUGACCUGGAGGACGAGGCCAAAGCUGCCCGAGCCAGAGCCAUGGCGAGGGCAUCGGGAUCCUGAUCGAGAUGGGCACUGUGCAUCCCCAGCCUGCUGGAGCCCCUUCACAUGGUGGAUGAUGCCCUAUGACCCUGUGGAAAUCAAAGCCUGCACACAGCAUUGCUGACCUCAACCUUGAACUAUGAUUGAGCCCAAGAAGCCAGGGGUUUAUUGCAUUUGGCCUGGUCAAGGGAAUAUUGGCCACUUCUCGCUGUGUCCAGUCACCGAGCCCUUCCUAUAGUUUGUUUCCUUAUUUGAGAAUUGUAUGACCUUUGCUUUUCUCAGUCUUUCUAACUUUGUGGUUUACCUUCUCCUCCUCCCAGGGACUUAGCUUUUAUGGGAGUGGGGGUGGCAGCUCUGUAGUGUUGGAGCCUAAAGUGGAAAAGAUGGGGUUAGGUUGAGAAUAAUAAACUGAGUCGCCUGUCUUGGA